CUUUGUUUCUUUUUAGUAUUCUUUUUAAAUUUUCUUCCACUGAUUCAUUCAUAAUCUUGAAAACUGAAUUCGUUUUGGAAUAUUUGCAUCAUAAAGAUUAAUAAUGGUGUAGAUUUGAAUAUAGUCGUUUUAGCAAAGUAAUUUUUUUUUAUAGUCCGCUACACGGUGUUGUAUAUACAUCGCGUUAUAAACCCACUUGUUCUAUUGCAAGGGGUACGUAUACACAAAUAGUGCAAUUAUAGCAAAACACAACGGCGUCGGAAGGUGAAGAAGUCUUGAACGAACACACGCCACUAAUGGACGGACACGUCGGCGCUAGCAGCAGUACGCAUUUGAGCGCCAGUGGCGGUGUGACAAAUCGGAAGCGAAACAAUUAUGGUGCAAAUGAGGAAGUGGAUGGGGCUAUAUUGGAAGUACCUAAUGUAGUUGUACGUUCAACUGGACGACGGACCAGAGCCAGUGGAACUGGUGGUGGGGACGGUGGUAGCGCGACAGAUGACUGUCCACGUCGACCUACUGCUGACGAACUAGAUGAAGAGGGCCUAAAAUAUGGAGCUCAGCAUGUUAUUAAAUUGUUCGUGCCCGUAUCCCUAUGUAUGCUUGUUGUUGUGGCUACUAUAAAUGCAGUGAGCUUCUACUCUUCAACAGAUGUUUAUCUCUUGUAUACACCUUUCCAUGAAUUAUCGCCAGAUCCUGGCGUUAAAUUCUGGAACGCUUUGGCCAACUCUAUGAUUCUCAUGGGUGUAGUUGUAGCAAUGACUAUUUUGUUGAUUGUUCUGUACAAAAAACGCUGCUACAAAAUCAUACAUGGUUGGCUUAUCCUCUCUUCAUUCAUGCUGCUAUUUAUUUUCAGUUAUCUCUAUCUUGAGGAGUUGCUACGCGCUUAUAAUAUUCCAAUGGAUUACCCCACAACGAUAAUGAUACUUUGGAAUUUCGGUGUCGUNUAUUUGAUUGCUGUCCUUGCACCGAAGGGACCUCUGCGCAUUUUAGUGGAGACAGCUCAAGAACGCAAUGAACAAAUAUUUCCUGCUUUAAUUUAUUCUUCCACUGUUAUGUACACAGUGAUGGGCGUUAAGCCUUCCAAUGAAGCGAGUGGUGGCAAAAGUGACGAGAGCGUCGAGAACGGCACACCACAAGCAGUCAGCGAAGAGCAAGCCUCUUCCUCCGCCGGCUCGGCACGUCGCACAGGUAAUACCAAUAACGAGGUGAAAGACGACGCAGCCCAGGCCGCCGAAGGUAUGCCUCUUGUCACAUUUAAAAUCCGCGGAAAUGAAGCCGGAUUCACCCAAGAAUGGACAGAUAACCAAAAUGAACGUACUUCGCGACGACAAAUCGAGGUACAGGCUAGCAACGGACAAAAUGCUAAUCGAUCAACUGAGUAUCGCACAACUACUGCUAGGGCAAACACAUCCGGCACGCCACUUGAGGAGCAAGAACGCGGCAUCAAACUGGGUCUUGGUGAUUUCAUAUUUUACUCUGUGCUAGUUGGCAAAGCAUCCAGCUAUGGUGAUUGGAUCACUACUAUUGCUUGCUUUGUGGCUAUAUUAAUUGGGCUUUGUUUAACACUUUUAUUAUUGGCUAUAUGGCGCAAAGCUUUGCCUGCUCUACCCAUUUCUAUUACAUUUGGCUUAAUAUUUUGUUUUGCCACCAGUGCUGUGGUCAAGCCGUUCAUGGACACUUUGUCUGCUAAACAAGUGUUCAUAUAAAGACAUUUUUAUAUAUUCCAAUAAUUAUGCUGUACUGUUUUAUAGAGUAGAUAAAACCUAGCUAAAAAAAUUCCGGAAAGUUGAUAGAACUUUUUUU